AUGUUCAAGAAAAAGCCAGCGAUCAAAACGCUUGCUCCUCUCCGUUCAUCAGACCGACGCAAGAUCGCCGAUCAGAUCAUCCAGCAGUACAAAGGACUGAUCCCCGUGACCCCUCCUACCACGAGCGAAGACAACGGAAAUUCAGAGGGCCAAACGAGUGGUACGACUAUAGCUACCGUCCGCAACGCCCUGCUUCCAGAGAAUACCCAAUCCGCCCGAUUUACUACCACUACAGGGCCGAAUCUACAGUCGGUCCAGGGAACAAUCUACGUUGGCACGCAUCCCGGAGGUGACGAAAGAGUGUUAUGGUUUCGACUCGAGCAAGGCCCCGGCACUGAUGGCCGCAUCUACCCCACCGUUUAUACAUUAUGGCACAACCCCGGCAUUGUUCCGUUAUUACAUACCCAAUCCUUAGUGAUGGAUAAACUGUAUGGCGGGGCAGAUCUUAUGAUUCCGGGGUUAGCAAACGGCCCACCUUUCCCUGGGGGGGCGACCAAGAAUGCAGUGGUUGCAGUGGCUGACAUAAAGAAGCCAAGUGUACCAACCUUUGUUGGUGUGUGCGAGAUUGAUGUCUCUGCACUGGACAAAGUCCAAGGAGUCAAGGGACAUGCUGUCAGAGGUGUACAAUGGCAAGGAGAUGAGCUAUGGGCCUGGAGCUUGACAGGGCAGGGUGGUCAGCCCGCCCCCGAGAACAUUGACGGCUGGCUUGGCGUUCCUGAAGGCUUGCACAAGGCAGUGGAUGAACUACAGUUGGAAAAAGAGGACGACGAGGCCAUUGUCCAAGAAGCAAUAGAUGGAGGCGUGUCACUGGAGGACGAAAAGGCAGCUGAAGCAGAGGGGUCUCACGAACCCGAAAGGGAACCGACCACCAAAGAAAUCGACGAGGUACUCUUCAGAGCUUUCCUUUAUGCCCUCUACAACCAGAAAGAAAAGAAUCCAUCCCAACAGCACCACGGCUUAUCUUUUCCGAUUCAACCAUCCUUCUUGAUUUCGAAUCUCAUAACCCCAUUCCUACCGAUAUAUACCCCACAGCAAGCCCAAUUCUACCAGAUCAAAAAGUCUUCCUGGAAAAAUGUUAAGAAGUUUGUGAAGUAUCUCGACAAGGAGCAACUGGUCAAGUCCAAAGAUCGCAGUGGAGGGGAAACUAUAAUCCUGGAUGUUGAUUUUGAGGAUAGAAGGGUGGCUAUGUUUGAGCCAUACAGGCUCCCACGGAAAUCAGGGCCAGAGAGCAAAUCAGCCUCUAAAGCGCCCGUAGAAGCACCCUCUGGACAGUCGUUUGAUGUCAAAACCCUUUAUCGACCCAGCGGCAAGCUCAUACCGGACCUAUUCCCACCUCUUGCCAAUACCGAUCUGAACAAUUACUAUUCUGCAACCGAUGUAUCAAAACGCCUGAGUGACUACCUUUCCACGCAAGACCCGCCCAUAAUUUCUCCCUCAAAUCCACGCGUCAUCAACCUUAAUCCUUUUAUCAGCAACAAGAUCUUCUCUUCCAAUUCCCCAAGCGACCUGGCCAUACAAGCACGCGGCACCGUCUUGCGGGAUGCUUUGCUCAAGAGAUUGCUCGACGACACAUCUCUUUGCGCACCAUACCAUGCGCUUCUGAAGCCUGGUCAGAGCCUAAAGGACGUGAAACCCAAAGCUGGAGCCAUUCCCAAAGUUUCCGUGGUGAUUGAGCGCCGGAGCGGCGCGAAGGUGGUGACAAGAAUUAUGGGCCUGGAGACAUUCGGCGUUUCUCCUCAGACGUUGAGCGACGAGUUACAAAAGAAGUGUGCAAGUAGCACAAGCGUGACUCAAGCAGUUGGAGCUGCUAAGGGAUCCAUGGAGGUCUUGGUUCAGGGUGACCACCGCCGAACGGUGGAUAAAGUCCUGAGUAAUAAAGGGGUCAAGUCUCAAUGGACCGAGGUUGUUGAUAAAACGCAGAAGAAAAGCGGGAGAUGAAUCGUUGGGACAAGGACGGCAAGAACUGUGGGAUUUCCAUUGCAGCCAAUGCCAAAAAUGCUUACAACGAUAGGCAUAUGAGUACGGAGUACGCGGUAAUUAGG